AUGGAAAUUGCUUCUUCCGACAUCGGCGCCCUGAUCAUCGAAGGGAAGACGAAGCAGGUGUACGGGCUGAAGGGGGCCCAGCACGCCGGUCACGUGUACGUCCUGAACAAGGAUCGCAUCACCGCCGGCGACGGCGUCAAGUCGCACGUCAUCGAGGGCAAGUCGAUCCUCUCUACGCAAACAAACUGCGCCAUCUUCGAGUACCUGAAUGCAGUGGGCAUCAGGACGCACUUUGUCGGUCGAGUCGCCAAAUCGAAUGCCGACCACCAGAAGAGCUUCGUCGCGAAGAAGUGCGAGAUGAUCCCCAUCGAGUGGGUCAGUCGUCGGGUCGCUACCGGGUCCUACCUGAAACGCCACCCGCACGAGGGCUACCGCUUUGCACCGCUGAAGCUGGAGACCUUUUUCAAGGACGACGCCAACCACGAUCCCUUCUGGUCGGAGGAGACGCUCAUCGGCGCGGAGCUGAACAUCGGCGGUCUGCUGAUCACCGCCGAGCACGUUCAGGAGAUGUUCACCGUCUCCAGCCUGGUCUUUGAGGUGCUGGAGCGGGCCUGGCAGACUGUGAAUCACUCGCUGAUUGACAUGAAGAUUGAGUUUGGGGUGGCAGAGGAGAAUGGCGUCCGCUCCAUUGUCGUCGCCGACGUCAUCGACAAUGACAGCUGGCGCCUGUGGCCAAACGGCGAGAAGCGGCUGAUGCUGGACAAGCAGGUCUACCGAAACAUGGACAACUCGGCCAUUGACGCCGAUGCGCUCAGUCUGGUGAAGCAGAACUUUACGGUGGUCGCCGAGCGCACCCAGUCCCUCUUCAGCGGGCUCAUUCCCAAGCCCGUCGCCGGGACGAAGUACUCGCCCACGGUGGCCGUCGUCGUGGGCUCGCCCUCCGACAAAGAGUACGCCUACAAAAUUCGCGACGCUCUCCGCAAGAAGUACGGCGUCCCCCAUGUUGACGUGCACGUCAGCUCGGCGCACAAGGGCACCCGAAAAACGCUGGACCUGGCCGCGCAGAUUCAGCAGUGGACCUCGGCGAAGGCCGUCGUGGCCGUCGCCGGCAUGAGCAAUGGCCUGGGACCGGUUCUGGCCGCCAAUUUGCCCCUUCCCGUCAUCAGCAGCCCGCCGACCACCGAGCUGACGACGCUGAACGCCGACAUCUGGUCCUCGCUUCGCAUUCCCUCGGGUAUGGCUUCGGCCACGGUGGUGGGCGCCGACAAUGCCGCCCUCUUCGCCGCCCACAUUGUCGCCAACUCGGACGCCUUCGUCUGGUCCACCAUUCGCACUGCUCAGGCCUACAACAUCGUUCGCCUGUUGCACGCUACCUUGUAA